AUGGCGAGCAAAGCUGUUUUGUCACUGGCUGUAUUGUACGUUCUUUUGUUGCGUUCUUCAACCUCUGACGGUGGAAGGAUUUUGUCGCUGGUUUACCCUGGUAAGAGCCUGUUAAGCCUUACCGUGACAGUGCUGACAGAACUGAAAAGUCGAGGGCACGACGUUUGGGCGGUGUAUGCGGACACGUUCGAAAUAUCGGCCUCGAUGUUGCGAGAAAGCGGUAUUAAUCUGCUGACUUUUACAUCUAAGGAGAAAAUGUUUCUGGACGAUCCGGAGGUACAGAGAGAUAUUUUAAUGGCGGCCGUUGAAAACCCAGAACUACGCACAAGCCUUUUUCAUUUAACGUCCACUAUUCAAAAAUUUACUAGUAUAUUCGAAAGUUAUUUAGAAGAGAUGUUUGUGGACAAGGAACUGGACAGAAAGGUCAGGGAGUUGAAAUUUGACCUCAUGAUUGUUUGCGGUUAUUGGUUUUUUGCAAAAGCCUACCUCUUCCCUCACCGGUAUGCGGUUCCUUACGUGUCCAUAGUCCUAGAUAUGCAGCAGCUUGCUGGUGUACCAAUGCUUCCUUCAUUUGUCCCUAGUCUAGCGAUAACUGCCAAGUACUCCGACAAAAUGAGUCUUCCUCAGCGAAUGCUCAACAUCGUUCCUUACGUCUUACUGAAGCAUUCCAUACAACCUAUUACGCCGGAACUUUCCCAGAAGCAUGCCCCGGGGCGCCCUUACAUGUCUACGCCAGAGCUGAUGGCAGAAUCAGAGUUGUGGAUAGUGGACGGAGGCCAGCCCGCCAUUGACCACGUCAAACCGUCACUGCCCAACGUCAAGUACCUGGGAGGUCUUGUGACGCGACCCGCAAAGCCGCUGCCGAAAGACUUGGAGACUUUUCUCAAAAAGCAUGACCACGGCGUGGUUCUUGUGUCGUUCGGCUCCCUGGUCAAAUACAUGCCGGACAGAGUAGUUCAGGAACUUUUCGAAGCCUUCAAGAACGUGCCUUAUGGUGUUAUAUGGAAGUAUAAUGGGCAGCCGCUAAAGAAUGUCCCGGAUCAUGUUAAGAUUGUGUCUUGGAUGCCACAGAAUGAUAUUUUGGGGCAUCCUAACACUAAGCUCUUUAUAACACACGCUGGAAACAACGGGCAGAUGGAGGCACUAUACCACGGUGUGCCCAUGAUAAGCAUACCUUUGUUCGGUGACCAAGAUUACAACGCGGCAAGGGCGGAACAAAAAGGCAUCGCAAUAACAAUGGACGCGGCAUUCUUAAAAUCCGAGGAUCUUAUUUCUGCUAUUAAUAUGAUGAUGGAAAAUGAGACCUAUGCCAAGAAUAUGCGCAGGGCGUCCGCCAUUUUUCGCGAUCAACCCGGCACCCCCGUGGAACUGGCAGGUUUCUGGAUUGACCACGUGAUCAAAUAUGGCGGUUCCUAUAUGAAGUCCCAUGCAAGACUGCUUCCCUGGUACCAGUUCUAUAUGCUUGAUGUUAUAUAG